AACUCAUCAACCUCGUUUCAUCGAGUUCCAAAACAUGGCUAGGAUAUCUUUCUUCUUGUUUUCUUUGUUCAUAAUAGUAGCUUACGCAUUUAUCAAUGGCUCUGAAGCAAAGGAGAAGGUUGGGAUAUAUGAGCUGAAGAAAGGUGAUAUGUCUGUUAAAUUCAUCAACUGUGGAGCAACUAUUGUUUCCGUGAUCCUCCCUGACAAAUAUGGUUAUUUGGGUGAUAUUGUUCUGGGAUAUGAUUCAGUCAAGGAGUACAUGGAAAAUCUUAGGAGAGAUUUUCAUCAUAAUGAUACAUCGUAUAUUGGUUCCAUUGUUGGAAGGGUUGCUAACAGAAUAGCAGGGGCUCAGUUCACUUUGAACGGACUCCAUUACAAAUUGGUCCCCAAUGAAGGCAAAAACAUGCUUCAUGGUGGUCUUGUUGGAUUUAGUGAUGUUGUGUGGAAAGUUAAGAUGUACAAGAAAGAUGGCUAUGCUCCUUCCAUUGUGUUUGCAUAUCACAGCUACGAUGGUGAAGAAGGAUUUCCUGGUGCACUGGAGGUAACUGUGUCCUACACCCUUCAUCCAGGCAACAGGCUGAUAAUUGUCAAGAUGAAAGCUAAAGCUCUAAACAAGGCCACACCAGUGAACCUAGUCCAACACACGUAUUGGAAUCUCGUCAACCACAACAGUGGCGACAUCUUAUCAGAACAAGUCCAGAUAUUCGCUUCAAGCUACACUCCGGUCGACAGCCAACUCAUUCCGACAGGCGAAAUCGCCACCGUAAAAGGAACACCUUAUGAUUUCCUCAAACCCCACAUUGUGGGAAGCCGAAUCAACAAACUUACAAAGGGAUACGACAUCAACUAUGUCAUUGAUGGUGUUCCUGGAAAGCUGAAGAAAACUGCCAUGGCUAAAGAUAAUAAAUCUGGGAGAGUGAUGGAGCUGUUUACCAAUCAACCUGGUGUUCAGUUUUAUUCAGCUAAGUUCCUGAAAGACGUGAAAGGGAAAGGUGGAUAUGUUUAUCAACCCUUUGGAGCUUUGUGUUUGGAGACUCGAGCUUUUCCAGAUUCUGUUAAUCAUCCAAACUUUCCUUCCACUAUUAUUCAUCCUGGAAAAGAUUAUAAGCAUGUUAUGGUGUUCAUGUUUUCGAUUUCAUCUUAGAGAAAAAACAAGGAUCCUGUUUUUUUGAAGUUUUUUUCUUGUGUUUGUUGAAUCUCGUGAAACUUGUAUUACACGUUUUAACUAUAAU